GAGAAAUGUUUACAUUGUUUUGAUUACCGGGUUUUGGUAAAAAAGUGCAUGCUACUUCAGUAUUAAUUUCAAUUUAAAUCAUAUUUAAUCUAGUAAUACCUAUUUUUGUGUCCACAAUUAACGCUAAUUAUAUAUUAAAAUGGCUUCUUCAUUAAUGCCUUUGAAUCCUAAACCAUUUCUUAAUGGUUUAACUGGUAAAGCAGUUGUUGUCAAACUGAAAUGGGGUAUGGAAUAUAAAGGUUACCUUGUUAGUACCGACAACUAUAUGAAUUUACAGUUGGCCAAUGCAGAGGAAUUUGUUGGUGGUAACUUUGUUGGAAAUAUUGGUGAAAUUUUGAUUCGAUGUAACAAUGUACUAUACGUGAAAGGAGUCGAAGAAGAAGAAGAAGAAGACGGAGAAAUGAGAGAAUAACAAGAAAUCGAAAAUCAAGCAUCCAAGCUCUGUGAUGUUUCAAGAUGUCCAAAUGGCAUAGACUAAUUUGCAGCAGUCAGAAAAUGGCAACCUUUUUGAUAUAUGCAUCGAAAAAUUUCAUGUCAUGUAUCUAUUUUGUAUUUUUUUAAAAAAGUUAACGAUCAAAUGUUCAAAAUUAUCAAACUGAAUUUACAUUAAA